UAUCACUUAUUCCUCGAUAAAUACCACACAAAAACCUUCAGAAUGCGACUGCAAAUCAAUCACCAAAUGGAAAAGCUCAGAAGAUCGUCGAAAAAGAAGUCCGACAUCGCCUGCAAGAAGCACCCGAAACACCAACAAUCGCCGGGCGUUUGCUCCUUGUGCUUGAAGGAAAAGCUAGAACGAGUUGCUCAGAAGCUCUCAACUUAUUCUGUUCCCUACUUGCGUAGAACUUUUUCCGCUUCUCCUUCUACGACUUCUUCUUUAUCUUCGCAUUACUCGUCUUCUUCGGGUUCUUCUUCGUCUCCAGCGCCAGGUUACGAGCAAAAGGGUUCGACGAUAACUUGGUUGUUGAGUGGUGAAAGUAAUGUUCUUCGUAAAAGUAGGUCGCUAGUGAAUUACUUUCCGAGACGAAAGAGAGAGCUGGGCAGUGAAGAGAAGAAGAAGAGUGGGUUUUGGACGAAGUUGCUUCGUCCCAGAAGUAAGCGGAGGGAAGAAGGCUUGGUACAGUCUAGGACUGUGAGAGAGAUCAGGGUGCCAAAUAGGGUACUUUAAACUUUGAAGGCCAGAAUUUAUUUUUUUUAAUUUUAUAUUUGUUGUUAUUUUUCCUAUUCUUGAAAGAUUUGAAUGUACGUAGCAGACUUAUUAUCACAAUUUUGCAUCAGAAAGCUGAUCACAGAGGAAAAAGGAUCAAAAGAUUUUAUUAUUAAUUUUUGCAUA